AUGGAGGAUAAAGACUGGAAAGAACUGGGAGAAACAAAGGCCGGGGAGAGCCUCUGCAGGGAGCUUUUCCAGACCCGCGGCCAGAGGGCGGGGGGAUCUAGGAAGGGGGCUGGGGAGGCGGAGGGAGGGAGGGAGGCGGCAGCUGGCGCGGCGGGUUCCCCCACCCUCGUCGAUCCGCGAGCCGAGCGGAGGCGGCUGCAGGCGGGCUACUCCCUGAAUGGUGCCAGGAUGAAGGAGAUUCUUUUAGCUGCUCUGCUGCUUGUUCUGCCAGUCAGCUGGGCAGCGCCAAAGGAUGGCAGUAAGAGGCCAGAGACCCUCAGUGAUUCAAAGGAUCAUCCCAUCCUCAACCCUCUGCAUCCAGGGAAGGAGAAUGUGAGGAUGCUCCAAGACUACUUGAAGAAUGUUGGUCAGGUCGAGAAGGAUGCUGCUGCCAUGACAAGGGAACAGGCUCUCUUGCUCCUCUUUGCUCUUCAUGACUAUGACAAGAGUGGCCGACUGGAUGGCCUUGAAUUCAUGCGGUUGCUUAGUGAGCUGGCAGCAGAACAGGCCAAAAGGCAGCCCAUGCCUGACCUGGUGGUGCUGAUGGUAGACAGUAUCCUGGAGACACAGGACUUGAACCAGGACGGGUUGCUGGAGCCCUCCGAGCUGUUUCUUGGCCCCUGGCAAGAUCAGGUCCCAGCACUGAUUGCUGCCCCCAGUGGAGAAGACGGGGCAGUGUUGUGGGCCCCUCUGGAGUCAGACGGACAAAGUGUGGGGCUCUCAGAUCUCCUGGUCCAGCAAAGUACAGCAGAGCCCCCAUCUGCCCCAGAGACUUUUCAGGAGCAGGGAGUCAUGGAGGCCCCUGCAGCACAAAUGCAUCCAGGGGAUCCUGGCCAGGAAGCGCCGCUGGACACACAGGAAGAAGGGGCUGAGAUGCCUCCUGCUCCCAGAAACUGA